AUCUCUGGCGUAAGUGGGUUCUACACGUAUAUGUAUGUCUCGCCCGAGGUUACAAUAUCACUGCGCUUGUCAUAAAAACGCCGUCCACAGUAUUUCUUUCCGGUUUUCGAUCACCCAUCUCUCCUCCCCUUUCCUCUCGAUCGAUCUUUGUGCGCUCGUCCUCGCUCGUUCUCUUGUCUGUGGACGGAAGCAUCUAUCUACGGUCGUUAAGAAUCAAGAAGUUUGGAAACCAUUAUAUUUGAAACUUGAUUGAUGGAGAGUCAUGAACCUGUGGUUUCUGCUGCGUGGCUGCAUGCUAAUCUGAAAAAUCCUGAUAUAAAGGUACUGGAUGCUUCCUGGUACAUGCCACAAGAGCAACGGAAUGCAUUUCAAGAGUAUCAGGUGGCUCACAUUCCUGGUGCCAUAUUCUUUGAUAUUGAUCAGAUAUCUGAUCCAACAUCUAAUUUGCCACACAUGUUGCCAUCAGAUGAAGCUUUUGCUGCUUCAGUUUCUGCUCUUGAUAUUCAAAACAAGGAUGCUGUUAUUGUUUAUGAUGGAAAAGGACAAUUUAGUGCUGCUCGUGUUUGGUGGAUGUUCCGAGUUUUUGGACACAAUAAAGUUUGGGUUUUGGAUGGAGGUUUGCCACAAUGGUGCAAAUCUGGAUAUGAAGUUGAAUCUACGUCAUCUAAAGUGGCAAUUUUGCGAGCUACUUCAGUCAGUAAAGCUAUUGAAAACGUAUAUCGUGGUCAAUUGGUUGAACCUGCCUCAUUUAAAACAAAAUUUCAGCCUCAUUUGGUAUGGACGCUGGAACAGAUCAAACAAAAUAUGAGUGACCAAACACAUCAACAUAUAGACGCUCGAUCAAGGUCCAGGUUUGAUGGCAUAGCUCCAGAACCUCGAGAGGGAAUAAAAAGUGGACAUAUGCCUGGCAGCAAAUGUGUUCCCUUUACUGAGAUGCUUGAUGGUUCACAAAUGCUUUUGCCUGAAGAUCAACUUCGUGAAAAAUUUGUGCUAGAAGGCAUCUCUCUCGAUCGUCCAAUUGUUGCCUCCUGUGGCACCGGUGUGACUGCUUGCAUAGUAAACAUGGGUCUUCAUCGAAUUGGAAAGCCUGAUGUUCCAGUUUACGAUGGAUCAUGGACAGAAUGGGCAACUCAACCAGAUGCCACAAUUAUCACACUUGCUGCUGAUUAACUCCCUCGAAUAUUAGUUAUUUCCCAAGGAGACUGAGUCUUGAGGUUUGCUGAUAAUGGUGUUGUUUCGUUGCAAUAGAUGCAUCUUAAAGUCAUCUCAUACAUGAGAUUCAACAAUAGGUUUUCAGUACUUGAAUCUUUGUGUAUUAAGCUAGUUAUCUUCCACAAGCCUAAGGCUGAAACUGUGGAAAUCUGUCGUAUAAGAUUGAAACUGGAUAUGGUUUCAUGUGUAUCCGUCACAAGUAUCAUUGUCAUAUAUGACCAAGUUCCAGUUGUAUCUUAACUAUGUGAAUCUCAAUACUUUACAU